CGGCACUCACUCACAGGACCACCAAGCGAAUGUAGAGGAUCGCCUGCCAUAUCUCCACGAUUGUUGUUGGUAAUGGGGAAUGGGAUUGUCUCCGUCCUCCCUUCCCCUUGCCCCUCCUCACUCCCUGGCGCCGUCGCCGGCACCAGCAUCUCCACUGCAACCACUCGCCCUGCCGUGAUUCUACCAGGGCUUGGGAAUAACACCGGAGACUAUCAUAGACUGGUAUCAACGCUCAGAGAAGCUCAUGGCAUCCCUUCGGUGGUCGCCAAGGUGUCGCGGGUCGAUUGGCUCCGGAAUGCUGCUGGUGUUCUUGACCGUAACUAUUGGAAGGGUACCCUCCGCCCUCGCCCAGUGCUCGAUUGGUAUCUGGAAAGAGUCGACCAAGCUGUAUCUGAAGCUAAGAUGCUCUGCCGGCAAGGUGAGAGGAUUUCACUGAUCGGUCAUUCAGCUGGGGGAUGGCUUGCCCGUGUUUACAUGCAAGAAUUUGGUACUGCCAAUGUGGCUUUGCUGCUGACCCUUGGAACUCCUCACUUGCCACCUUCAAAGGGUUCCCCUGGAGUCUUUGAUCAAACCAGAGGUCUCUUGGAUUAUGUUGAGAAGUAUUGUUCGCCAGCUCUUUAUACACCAGAAUUGAGAUAUGUAUGUAUUGCUGGAAGGUACAUUCAAGGAGCUCACUUCGGUGGGGAUGAUAAAAUAAUUUCAAAUGAGGUCGGGAAACUUGGGGGCACAUUUGAAUUAGCAAUGGAUAGUGGCAAUCAGCCCCCCUUAGCUGGUCCUACCCUACGUGCCCGUUUCAUUGGUCAGGGAUACAAGCAGGUGUGUGGGCGUGCGGAAGUGUGGGGAGAUGGUGUUGUUCCUGAAAUUUCGGCACAUCUGGAAGGUGCACUAAAUAUUAGCUUGGAGGGGGUAUACCAUUCUCCAGUAGGUUCUGAUGACGAGUCACGGCCAUGGUAUGGAUCUCCGGCUAUAGUUGAAAAAUGGGUGCAUCAUCUUCUUGCUUGAUGGAUCCCUCUAUUCUUCUGGUGAUUAUUCAAUCAAGUUUCAUUUAAAUUAGGUGGAUGAUUGAAUGAUUGACUGCAUGCCCAAUUCAUUGUGCUUGGGUUAUAAUAUCACUAAAAGAAUAUUUCAAUUUAUGAACAGUUAUUUUCGUUUUUAA